CUGACUGGAUCCGAGGCGCGCAGCAGCGAGCCCGACCCAGGUCGGCACUGAGGUGGCGGGGACUCGCGGCGGCGAGGCAGCUGGACAUCUCCUGUGGGGCAGGUGUAACUUGUGAACAUGCUGGUCGGGGUCCCGACACACCAGGAUGUUGUUUGUGUUUUAACUUCGGGGAAAUUGAGAAUAAUUAGGAUCGCCCGGUGUGAUGAGGCCUGGAAUUUGGAAAGUCUAAGGAUCCGGAUGCUUCCUAUUCGGGGUGACAGGGCACAUGUUUCUGGACCAGAUGAAGCCUGAGGAGCCUUCCAGCUGUAAGAUAUUAGGAAGGAAAAACUUCUAAGUCUGGAUCUGCAGAAGACGGCCUCACCUCUUCACCAUGUCAGGAAGCCACAUACCUUCUGCCUCUGGUCCCUUCUCAGCCUUGACUCCGAGCAUAUGGCCCCAGGAGAUCCUGGCCAAGUACACGCAGAAGGAAGAGUCAAUGGAGCAACCAGAGUUCUGCUACGAUGAGUUCGGUUUCCGGGUGGACAAGGAAGAGGGUGCCGACCCCAGUUCCAGCAGGCUGCCUGCUGUGUCUCUGAUGGAGGACCCUCCCCAACGGCUGCGGUGGCAGGCCCACCUGGAGUUCACCCAUAACCACGACGUGGGCGACCUCACCUGGGACAAGAUUGCCGCCUCCCUGCCCCGCUCAGAGAAGCUCCGCUCCCUGGUGCUGGCCGGCAUCCCACACAGCAUGAGGCCACAGCUGUGGAUGCGGCUCUCUGGGGCCCUGCAGAAGAAGAGGAACUCGGAGUUGUCCUACCGGGAGAUGGUGAAGAACAGCUCCAACGAUGAGACCAUUGCUGCCAAACAGAUUGAGAAGGACCUGCUCCGCACCAUGCCCAGCAACGCCUGCUUCGCCAACGAGAGCAGCAUCGGGGUGCCUCGGCUGCGCAGGGUUCUCCGAGCACUGGCCUGGCUCUACCCUGAGAUUGGUUACUGCCAGGGCACAGGCAUGGUGGCCGCCUGCCUCCUGCUGUUCCUGGAGGAGGAGGACACCUUCUGGAUGAUGUGCGCCAUCAUCGAGGACCUGCUCCCUGCCUCCUACUUCAGCACCACCCUGCUGGGCGUCCAGACAGACCAGCGGGUCCUGCGCCACCUCAUUGUCCAGUACCUGCCCCGCUUGGACAAGCUGCUCCAGGAGCAUGACAUCGAGCUGUCCCUGAUCACGCUGCACUGGUUCCUCACGGCCUUCGCCAGCGUGGUGCACAUCAAGCUGCUGCUGCGCCUCUGGGACCUGUUCUUCUAUGAGGGCUCCCUGGUGCUCUUCCAGGCCACGCUGGGCAUGCUGCGCCUCAAGGAGGAGGAGCUGAUCCAGUCAGAGAACUCGGCCUCCAUCUUCAACACGCUGUCGGACAUACCCUCGCAGAUGGAGGACGCGGAGCUGCUGCUGGGGGAGGCCAUGCGGCUGGCUGGCUCCCUCACGGACGUGGCUGUGGAGACCCAACGCCGCAAGCACCUGGCCUACCUCCUUGCAGACCAGGGUCAGCUCCUGGGGACCAGCACCACCACCAACCUCUCCCAGGUGGUUCGUCGCAGGACGCAGCGGAGGAAGUCUGGAUUCACCUCCCUGCUCUUCGGGGAGGACGACCUAGAGGCACUCAAGGCCAAGAACAUCAAGCAGACGGAACUGGUGGCUGACCUCCGGGAAGCCAUCCUGCGCGUGGCACGCCAUUUCCAGUGCACUGACCCCAAGAGCUGUCAUGUGGAGCUGACCCCAGACUACAGCAUGGAGAGCCACCAGCGGGACCACGAGAACUACGUGGCCUGCUCACGCAGCCACCGGCGCAGGGCCAAGGCCCUGCUAGACUUCGAGCGACAUGACGACGACGAGCUGGGUUUUCGCAAGAAUGACAUCAUCACGAUCAUUUCUCAAAAGGACGAGCACUGCUGGGUCGGGGAGCUGAAUGGCCUAAGAGGCUGGUUUCCAGCCAAAUUUGUGGAAGUCUUGGAUGAACGUAGCAAAGAGUACUCCAUCGCGGGGGAUGACACUGUAACGGAGGGCGUCACAGACCUUGUGCGAGGGACCCUCUGCCCAGCCCUCAAGGCCCUGUUUGAACACGGACUGAAGAAGCCGUCUCUGCUUGGGGGCGCCUGCCACCCCUGGCUGUUUAUUGAGGAGGCAGCAGGCCGGGAGGUGGAGAGAGACUUCGACUCGGUGUAUUCUCGCCUGGUGCUGUGUAAGACAUACAGCUUUGGGUCCCCCUUCCCCAGGUUGGAUGAAGAUGGCAAAGUUCUGACCCCGGAGGAGCUGCUCUAUCGGGCUGUGCAGUCUGUGAACGUGACCCAUGACGCUGCACACGCGCAAAUGGACGUCAAGCUCCGCUCUCUCAUCUGUGUGGGGCUCAAUGAGCAGGUCCUACACCUGUGGUUGGAGGUGCUCUGCUCCAGCCUGCCAACCGUGGAAAAGUGGUACCAGCCCUGGUCCUUCCUGCGAAGCCCCGGCUGGGUCCAGAUCAAGUGUGAGCUCCGUGUCCUCUGCUGCUUUGCCUUCAGCCUCUCCCAGGACUGGGAACUUCCUAUGAAGAGAGAGGAGGAGAAGCAGCCCCUCAAGGAGGGCGUCCAGGACAUGCUGGUGAAGCACCACCUCUUCAGCUGGGAUAUAGAUGGGUGACGCUCUUCCUCCAGGGGCCCCGUCACACCCAGGCCUCUCCCAACCCGUCGGCUACCAGAGCAGCUGCUUCCUUCAGCAAGAAGAGAAUGGCGUUGGGAUGGGGCUGACAUGGUCCAGGCCUAACCCAAGCUACGGGAUCAAGGGAAGAAGACACUGGAGUUUGGCCAGGCACCAUGGUAGGGAGAUCGGGGACACCACCCUGGUGGCAGCAGGUGGGGCCUGGCUCACUCUAUCCCUCCCAGUGUCUAUGGAGGCUCCGGGCCCCACCCUUACUACUUGUACUGACCAAAACCUCGUGAGGAGGUAGAGAGCCACCUCGGUCCGCUUUUGCUCAGGAAGGAGGUGGCUAAAGGCUCCUUGGCCUGUAAAUAAAUUGUCUUUGAGGAAGCACCUUCUGUCUUCAAUCCGG